AUGAAGUUGUCAAAUAUUGUAUAUGUGACUGUGGUGUCUGUGAUGUCAUGUGUUGGUGUAUUCGGAGAAUUGUCAUUAAAGGACGAUUCUGGUGAUCAUAUAUGUUACGUAACAACCAGCUUACAAGAAUCCUAUGAAGAAAGCUAUGUAUAUCCAUAUGAUCAGAUUUAUUACACAACAUGCUGGAAUCCACUCAAAUUCUUUAGGUGCACCCGUACACGACGCUUGUACCGAACUGAGUGGCGUACAGUAUAUCAAACUACAUAUGUGAGAGAUAAGGUCUGUUGUCCUGGCUACGAACAAAAUGGGGACGUAUGUAUUCCGCUAUGUAAUGAAUGUGACAAUCGACAUGCUACCUGUGUUCGUCCCGAUGUGUGUAAAUGUGAUGCAGGUUACCAUGGCAAUGACUGCUCAAGUACAUGCAGUAACAACAUGUGUGGAGAUAACUGUGGUAUAUCUUGUUUAUCAGUGUGUGGUACUAAUGCUGAUACGUGUAAUCCCAGCACAUGUGAGUGCAGCUGUAAUCCAGGAUGGAGAGGAGAUUUUUGUGAUGAGCCUUGUCAAUAUGGAUAUUAUGGUCCUGGUUGUGCAUUGCUAUGUCAAUGUCAAAAUGGUGCCGAAUGUGAUUAUGUAGAUGGUUCCUGUACAUGUACUGCUGGCUGGCAACCACCUCUUUGUGACAUUCCUUGUCCUAUUGGAAUGCAUGGUGAUAACUGUUCUUAUAUAUGUGACUGUCAACAUGGAGGAGAUUGUAAUCCAACUAAUGGAGCCUGUGACUGCACACCAGGGUGGUUGGUAAGUUACAUUUCACAAUAA